UUGGGCAGUGCUAUUAUAUUUGUUUAUAGAUUAAUAUGUGAAACACUAGUCUUAAAACAUUCAUUUUGUAUCUCAAUUGUAUUUUUUUUCCUUUUUCAGCAGAGGAGAUCGUUUUGAGAAAAAAAUAGUGCGGAAAGAACCAGGCCGACAAACAUUCGAAGAUGGGGGCACAGUGCCAGCUGGGAGAAAGCAGGAAUUCAUCCGUUCAGAAAGUGUAAGUUGGCGUAGCAUGCGAGAGGAGCUGAAUGGUGAGGAGGAGGAAGGUGGUGGUGUGUGGAGGACAACGGCACCUAGAAGAGAUGGGGAGAGGUGGCGUGCACAUAGCCCAGAUGGUGCACGAGGUUCUGCUUGGCGAGAGCACCCAGAUCGUCGACGGCGAUUUGACUUUGAUUUUCGAGAACGUGAAGAUGAGCGUUACCGCAGAACCCGAAGUGGCUCAGGCAGUGCAGAGGAUGAGAGGGACAGUUUACCUGAAUGGUGCCUAGAAGAUGCAGAAGAUGAAACUGGCACAUUUGACUCUUCUGGAGCCUUUCUGCCUUCUAAGAAGAUGCAGAAGGAAAUUAUUCCAGAAGAACAAGAGCUUGACUUCAGGCCCUCUCUGGAGAGUGAAGAGCGCUCAGACUCAGACAAAAGCCACUUGGAGGAGACCAAAGAAACAGAGAGAAGCCAAGCUGAGGAACAGGAAAUUGAAAAUGUGGUGCAAACUACCACAUCUGUGGUUCCAGAGCACAGAGCCCCCUCUCCAACUAAUUGGACAGAGCCUUGCAUUGAGCCUCUUACUCAGACCACACAAAGUCCGCGUUUAGCAAACACAGAGAAGGAAAUCCGACCACAGACGCCACCGGCACCUCCAACACCACCAAAUCGCACAGAAGUUAAAGAAAAAAUUCUGCCAGAUGCUGCUUCACAUGUUCACCAAGGAAUCAAGGACAAAACUGUACCCUCCAUACCUCACUCUCACUCUGCAUUCAGCCAAAGCUCUGCCUCUAGACAGGUUCCUGACACUGAUGCAGGUUCUUCUAUGCACUCUUCUGUACCUACCGUUGAAACCUCUACGAGGCCUGUUUCUUUAUCAGUCUCAGCUGCACCAGGAAUGCAACAUUUCCCCCCUUUACUUGAUGAAGAAGAUGGGCUAGAACACUUAGAACAGCAAGCACAACAGCUAGUAGCGUACCUGCAGGAUGGGACGCCAGAUGAUGACCGAUUACCACGGAAGUUGCCAGACCAUCGAAUUAAAGGGUCAUCACUUGAUAACCAGAAGAAGUGGUACUACAAAGAUCCACAGGGAGAUAUACAGGGUCCCUUCAGUAACCAAGAGAUGUCAGAGUGGUUUCAAGCUGGAUAUUUUCCCAUGUCUUUGCUGUUGAGGAGAGUAUGUGAUGAAGCUUUUCAGCCACUUGCAGACAUAAUAAAAAUAUGGGGUAGAGUUCCUUUCAACCCAGGUCCAUCUCCUCGAAUUAAUGACUUAAAUCCUGAGCGACUGAGUUGCCACCAGGAUAUCACAGCUUUGUACCAGUUGCAGCACCUGCAGUACCAGCAGUUCCUCAUCCAGCAGCAAUAUGCCCAGGUGUUGGCACAGCAACAGAAGGCAGCACUCUCUGCACAGCAGCAGCAGCAAUUGGCAGUUCUCUUGCAGCAAUUUCAGUCCCUAAAGUUGAGGAUAUCUGAACAGAGUGUGAUCCCCACUGUUGCAAGAGCUGUGUCUGUGCCAGAAAACACUUCAAUGUGGGAGGUUCAAACAGCUGUUCCACCACCCACAGUGUGGGAAGGCAACAGUGUAUGGGACCUUCCAGUGGAGGUGGCAUCUCAGGGAGCAUCUCGAGAGCAACUGGAACAGCUGGAGAAGGUGAAAACUGCUAAGAUGGAGCAGGAGAGAAGGGAAGCAGAGUUGCGAGCAAAGCAGGAAGAGGAGGAGCAACGUAAACGGCAUGAGGAGGAAGAGAGGAAAAGAAAGGAAGAGGAGGAUCUUGCUCGUCGUAAGCAGGAAGAAGCAUUAAGAAGACAGAGGGAGCAAGAACUUGCUUUAAGAAGGCAAAGGGAAGAAGAGGAGAGGAAAAAAGAAGAAGAACUGAGACAGCUGGAGGAGAGGAAGCGGCAAGAAGAUGAGAGGAGACGGCAUGAAGAGGAAAGGAAGCGGUAUGAGGAGGAGAGGCAGAGACAGGAGGAGGAUAGAAGGCGACAGGAGGAGGAGAGAAGGCGACUAGAGGAAGAAAAGAGGGCAGAAGAGGAAAGGAGAAGACUGGAAGAGGAGAGGAAGCAGCGAGAGGAGAUUCAAAGGAAGCAGGAAGAGGCAGCAAGAUGGGCACGUGAAGAAGAGGAAGCUGUAAGGCGUUUGUUAGACACCCGUCAAAGGCAAGAGGAGGAGGAACGAAAAAAAAGAGAAGAAGCUCAACGGCAAAAAGAGCUUCAAAGACAGAGACAGCAACAACAGGAAGCACUUCGACGUUUACAGCAGCAACAACAGCAGCAACAAAUGGCACAAAUGAAGCUUCCAACUUCGUCCACAUGGGGGCAGCAGGCCAGUUCAGGAGGGACUUCCCAGUCAGCCCUGUCCUUAGCAGAAAUACAGAAGCUUGAGGAAGAGAGGGAACACCAGCAACAAGAAGAAUUGCAACGUCAGCAGCAGGAGUUAAAGGCUCUGCAGCAUCAGCAACAACAGCAGCAACAAAAAAUGUCUGGAUGGGGUACUGUGAGCAAACCAAGUGCCACCACUAAAUCUUUGCUGGAGAUCCAACAGGAAGAAGCUAGGCAGAUGCAAAACCACCAGCAACUGCAACCAGCUGGUCGUACUAAGCCUGCAAGCCUCACCAUUCCACCUGUACCAGUUAAUACAGUGAGUACCAAUAAUUAUCAAUGUAUCUGUUUCCCUCUUAAUACAUCCACAGUGCCAAAGGCAGCUUCAGUGUAACAAAAUAGAUUUAAA